AUGGGCGCGGCCUGCAGCGAAGUAGUAACCAAAAAUAGAGUCGAUACUUGCUCCCAGAACAAUCUAGAAGAUGGGUCGAUGUAUAUUCCGAGAUCAAUUUCUCGUGUUGAAAAUUGGGUUCGCCGGAGACCAUCACGAGCGUCCUCCGUGGGAAUGGAAUCUAGCCAGGUCACGCUAGAUGUUGGGAUAUCGGUGGACGUACCAUGUCCAGACUACUACAGUGACCUUUUUCAACCACGCAUAUCGCGGGCUGUUAGACGCGGGGCUGUUGUUAUGGUUACCGUUAGAUUUCGACCAAACACGAGCGCUGUUUCCCCGGCACUUGUUAUACGACACCCGGAGAUAUACUGGGGGAUGUUGCUCGUGGAAAGACAAAUUCCCAAACGACUCCCAAUGAGAAUAGAAGAAGAAGAUUUUCGAAUAUUCGGAGUUUUGAAACCCGAGAGUCAGGUUCACAGCGAGCUACAGCUACAUGGCUAUGUAGAUGGGGAACUUCAACUAUUUUGUGGAUACGUCGAUUUGCACUUGAAACUUGGAGAGAGCAUAUUUGGAUACAUGCUGCAGGCACUAGAGCGCGAACGAGCAAUAGAAUACAUUAGCAUGAGCAGCAGAAAAAUGAGUUUUAUUCAUUUGUAUAUCAUUAUCCCGCGCACUGAAAUACUCUUUCAACUUGAUGACGCCAACAGGAAUAUCUUACCUCGACGAUUUAACAGACUUUGCUAUUCCCUGGGGAGUGUAACUGUAUAUCGGGUACACGUGCCGGUAUCAAAGGCAGAUCUUAGGGCACCAGGUCGGAAGUCUAGCAGGAGCACCAAUCGAGGAAGUGCGGGGACACUUGAUGGUGGCUAUAUCAGCGAUUAUUCUUCAGUGGCAGAUCCACCUAAGAGGGAAUCGAAAUGUGGAAAAGUUAUUGAGGAAGUCCCGGAUUGGCUUGCCGAUAUACCCGAGGAGGAAGAAGCUACUAGCGAGAGACACCCAGGACAGGUGACGAGCUCUGCAUACCCAAGAAUCAUUCGCACAGACCAAAAGAGGCAUCAGAAAAAGAAUCGUCCCAGGAGGAAAGACACCCCAGCUGCACAGCCAAAUCCAAAUCAACUCGCUAUUGAUCUGCGAGUUGUCAGAGGCAGGAGCAACGCCAUUGAAGAGGAGGGAUCCGUAACAAGCCUUCCUAGCCUCAGCCCUCGGUCAUUGGACUUUCCUUCGCACCUGCUUGGCCCAGCUCCUUGGGAGAAACCCGCCCUGCCAACACUUUCAACGAUUGACACAACAAGGAAAGGUGUGAGGAAGAAGAGUAGUCUAAGAGUGAAUGCUGGUAAAAAAGGGGCGCCAAUCCAGCUGCCAAAACGAACUAAAAAGAUGAGUGUGGUAGAAGAAAACCCCUCACUGCCAUCGCCAAGGACGAACGGUGACCCAAGCAUCUCAGGCGCCAUUGAGGAGGGUACCAAACAUGCAAACGGUACAAAUGCCCAGACUGCUGAUGCCACUUCUGCUGUUACUGUCAAAAAGAAGAGAUGUUUAUUACGGAAGGACACACCCGCGACGAUAGAUGUCGCUGGGUCGAGGCGAAGUUUUCUAAAUCAAAUGCACGAAGACACAGCAUGCGUAGAGGAAGUAGAAUCAGACGAGGAAGAUCAACACGUGAAUGAACUUUCAGAAAAAGUCCGCAGAAUCCCACAAAAAAAGAUCAGUUCCUGCAUCAGGCGGACAUCAGAACGAGGCAAUAUUGACCUUGACAUGACCUUGACCGAGACGCUGAGCACAUAUCUUCCGAAGGCGCGGAAUUCAAUCAUGGAGGAUGAUAUUGAGGAGGAGCAUGGGUUAUACAGAAAGCAAUACCCCUUGGAACAUUAUAAAUUACCAAACGAACGGCGGAAUGAGGGUCUCAUUCACGCGGAGACUAAAUCUGGUACUAAGGUGCUGACGAGGAAAAGCACACCAGCUAAGCUUCCAUCGGUAAACCGGGCAAAAGUCGCCCACAAUCCUGGCGGUGCUUUUGAGGAGGAAUUUAAAGAAGAAGACGACGAAGAGGAAGAAGGCGAUGGUGAACACGGACUGAUGUUAGAGGGCGCUGUUGGGGGAUUACAUUAGUUUAUCUAACAUCCAUCAGAUGGCAGUGUUUGUAUUGGCAUUUAGGGAACGUAGUGUCAGGCAGAUGUAAAUGAGCUAUCCACUCCAUAAACGUCAGUGAAUUAUUUUGCCAUUCUUAUAUGUGGGUUAUCCUAUCAACGUGAGAACGGACCACCAAUUGAUUGCGCUGAUUUCUGGUAACCCAAUGGUGCCGCAGUUCAGCGAUAUUUCGAAAGAUGUUUGUGGUAGAUCGAAUAAGGACAGCAGGGCAGAAUAGUUGAAGUCAGAAGCGCAUAGUCGAGUGGCACGCAAGGUGUAUGCUUUAUUCAAACACAACACGGAUACAUCAGCGUAUAUCUUUAAGAGGGUGUACGGCAACAUUUUCUCGGUGCUGUGUUCUCUUACUAAUGCUAGAAGAAUCAAAAUAAGUUGAUCAGUUAAUAAUAAGCGGAUUAACUGUUAGAUUUCGUGCAAGAUAUUCGAAAGAUUAUAAGGGCAAUCUGCGCGAAUCAUUGCAUAAAUAAAAAAUACUUCGGAUUUUGAUUUCAUAAUGGUAGUGGUUCAAAUACAUUUAUUCAAGUCCGAAGGCGGUUUCGAGAUAUAAUGCUGUUAUUGUUAGGCCAUCUCUCCACGCAAUUCACAGAUCGCGAAUUCGAGUUUCAAACUGCUACAGCACAGUGUCGUCGGAAAGCUGGUUCUAAACUUGUAUCUAUGUCCAUGGCGAGUGUGGAUGGAAUCAAAAGUAACCGGUUCCAAUACUUUAAGCGAGAGUGUUCGCAAGAUCGUGUCUAAAAGACGUUCUGGCAGAUAUCGUGACGUAGGAAUUGAGAAGGAGGAAGGAGUUGUAAGAAUUGUCAGGUUGUCCAAAGACAGGCCGCGGGCCUUUGGCACAACCAUGUCGAUAGGGGAGAGAGCUGGCAAUGAGUGACGUUGAAUCUCGGCAAGGUUACCCUCGACUGGUUUAUAACGCCGUGAUUGUGCAUGUACACACCAAAAAGAUUUCUUACACUUUCAGAAAUUACAACACAAUCGUAAGUGGAUUAGUUACAUUGGUCGUAUAGUUUGGACAAUGAGAGCCAUGUAGUUAAACAUGUUUGUGUGCAGCGCCAGCAGUGUAGAAAAUGUCAAUGCCAAUUGCGCAAUAACUUAUGCAUGCGGUGACGUCAAACAGACUGGAAGCAAAAAGGUAUUGAAGUCAGCUACGCGUGGCAGUGUAAAUAAUAUCUAAAAUUGUGGGAGCUAUAUAUUUAGAAUUAAAAGUAUUAUGAUACGUUGGUGUCACCUUGUUCAAAGUGACUUCCUUUGCACUGUAAAUGCAAUUCGUCCCCGUGCCAGAACUGUGCAAUGUGCGACUUGAACGCAUAUCUCAACGAAUGUACAUAGUCCUGUACACGGAAAUGAACAAGAUCUUAAUACGAUUGUUAUAAGAAUUUUAUUCGGACUUUCAACCUUGGUGGACAAAGCAAGUCCCUUUUUCAUGACAUGACAAGUGUAUAGAACAAAGGCAGAAUGUCAAGUCGCUACCCCUUUCCCUGCCCUAAUGUAUGUACAUGUAUUGAAAUCCAUUGCACGAAUGCUUUAAAAGUGUCAUCAUCACCAGGCGAAUCAGUGGCCCUGCGACCUCCGGAGUGCGGACAUGCAUCCAUUGUCUGCGGUGGUUGAUGUGGAGCGCGCACGGCAGUUAUGAUUCACCAUCAUGGCGAUGGAAUUGGGUGUCCUUUUUUAAUAAAACGUUAGUUUUUAACAACAGUUGUGUCAUUUGCGUGUCUGUAAAGCACACC